AUGACACUUGUGACAAGAGGGUCACUUUUCUUCUCCUCGCGCUCGUCUCGAGCUCGCGCCACAUCCCCGACUGAAAUCUCCGGUGCCAGCGUGCGUCCGGGUCUCCUUCUCCGCAGGGGCUGCGAUGUCACGGUACUCACUCCUGGGAAUCCCUCUGAGUGUGCCAGAGGAGAACCCGAUUCAUAUAUUUUUACGCUGCAGGAGAUGAAGGCAGACCUACGAACUAUGAACUUGUUCGUUUGGAUAUUAGUCUCAAACUUUUUCUUGUGCUGGACUUCAGUUGACGCACAGAUGGAGUAUGAUGGUCCGCUCUCCGCACAGGACCAGAUGUACAUCCUUUAUGAAAUCAAACUGCAGUGCUACCAGAACCUCUCCAACAUUGAUCCAGGGUCCACAGAUGAGGUGUGCCCUCCAGACUGGGACGGUCUCAUUUGUUGGCCCCAUGGCUCCCCUGGGCUGGUUACCAAGGUUCCCUGCCCCACUUACAUCUAUGACUUUAAUCACAAAGGACAUGCUUACAGGAAGUGUGAUGUCAACGGUUCCUGGGUGUAUGUGGACCGCUGGAACAAAACAUGGCACAACUACUCAGAGUGUCUGCGCUUCCUCCAGCCCACUGAUGAGGAAGGGAGACAAGACUUCUUUGAGCGGCUGUAUGUCAUGUACACCAUUGGCUAUGCCGUGUCUUUCAGCUCUCUGCUCGUGGCCAUCUUCAUCAUUGGAUACUUCAGGCGACUUCACUGCACCAGAAACUACAUCCACAUGCACCUGUUUGUGUCCUUCAUGUUACGGGCAGUCAGCAUCUUUGUGAAGGACAAAGUCGUCCAUUCCAGUGUUGGACUGCAGGACUUUGAUUCUGCCCUGAUGGACAACUCAGAGACAGUUAGCAUGGCACAACUGGACAAGUCUCAGUAUAUUGGCUGCAAGGUGACGGUGCUGCUCUUCAUCUAUUUUCUGGCCACCAAUUACUACUGGAUCCUGGUAGAAGGCCUCUACCUCCACAGUCUCAUCUUCAUGGCCUUCCGAUCAGACUCCAAAUACCUCUGGGGCUUCACCCUCAUCGGAUGGGGUGUUCCAGCCGUUUUUGUGGCAGUGUGGGCGAUUGUCAGGGCAGCGCUAGCAGAUGCAAGGUGUUGGGAGUUCAGUGCUGGUAACAUUAAAUGGAUCUACCAGGUACCCAUCCUGACAGCCAUUGGGCUCAACUUCAUCUUGUUUGUGAACAUUGUAAGAGUGUUGGCCACGAAAAUUCGAGAGACAAACGCAGGGAGAUACGACACCAGGAAACAGUACAGGAAACUGGCAAAGUCCACCCUUGUGCUAGUGCUAGUGUUUGGCAUCCACUACAUCAUCUUUGUUGGGAUGCCUCUUACAUUUGAGGGACCGAGCUGGGAGAUCCGCAUGUACUGUGAGCUGUUCUUCAACUCCUUUCAGGGUUUCUUUGUGUCCAUCAUCUACUGCUACUGCAAUGGCGAGGUCCAGGCAGAGAUAAAGAAAACAUGGACACGCUGGAACCUGGCCUUUGAGUGGGAGGGCCCAGUGGUCUGCGGCCGCUAUCGUUAUGGCUCAGUUGUUGUCGGCAUCAACAACAACAGCACAAGCAGCCAGUCCCACCUGGCAGGGGGUGGUCCUUCCACCCGCUCCACCACACUUGUUUCAAGCCGUGUUUAUCGGAGCACAGCUCCCCCCAUGGUCAACAUGCACGCCACCCUCCCGGGAUAUGUGAUUAGUAACUCAGACCCAUCCAUACCUGAAGAACCUGAGGACAGUGGCCCAAAGCGGGUGGACGAUAUCUCGCUGAAGGAAAAUCUGCCUGUACUUAGCACCAGUGCAACAGCUGAGGAUGAGGAGGAAACACUGUAG